AUGGAUAAAUUUAUGAAAUUAGAAAAUCAUAAAUUAAACAAUAAAGUAGAAAACUACAAAAAUUAUAUUGAUGAAUUAAAAAAGGUAUCAAAUAUUUUUCAAAACAAAAAUAUUGAUUCUUUUGCUUCAAAUUCAACAAUUGAUGAAAAUAAGAUUAUGAAUGCAAGUGAUUUAUGUAAUUUAUGCAUUGAUAGGAAUAGCGAGAAAUAUAAUAAAAGAAUAAUAGAAAAGGAAACAAUGAACAAUAAUUAUACAAGAGAAAAAAAUUUUCCAAAAUUUACUAAAAAAAAUUCAGUUAUUGAUUUUUUGAAUACUCCUAUUAUAAAUACAAAUGAAUGUAAUUAUAUUAAUGAAAUUAAUAAAGACUCAAAAGUAAAAGAAAAUACAUUAAAUGAACAUAGUGAUAUUGAUGCACAUACAUAUGAAAAUGAAUUUAAUAAAGUUAAUUCUAUAAGUACUAAUAAUAUAGGUGAGACAAAUAUUAUUCAGAAAGAAGAAAAAAGUGAUUACACUUUGGAUAAGUUAAAUAGUCAUACAAUUUUUUAUAAAGAAAACAAUAAUGAAAAAAGUUGUAAUUCUAGCUGCAAUUACAAUAAUAAAAAUUCCAUAUAUCAUAAAAAUUCAGUAGUAGAAAAGAAAGGUAAUGAAGAUAAAUUUAAUGAAUCACAAAAUAUUAUUAAUAAUAAUUUUAAACUAAUAAAAUUUUAUUUAGAAAAAAUACUAGAGAAAUCAUCAGAUAAAAAUAUAAAAAAUUAUUCUCCUAAUAAUAAAAAUAUUGAAUUAAAUAAUUUUUGUAAAUAUAAUUCAGAAGUAAAUAUGUUAAAUGAUUUUCCAUUUAAUUAUGCGCUUCUACAAGAUAAUAUUAAAGAGUUAUGUAAUAAUAAUAAUAAUACUACUACUACUACUACUAAUAAUAAUAAUAAUAAUAAUAAUACUAUUACUUCUACUACUAAUAAUAAUAAUUUAGUUGGUCUGAAUGAAACGAAUAAAAAAGAAGUAUCACUUAAAGAUAACGUAGAAAUGAAAAAUAAUUUGAAUUAUAAUACAGUUAAUGAUAAAAUAAAUAAUACUUCUAAUAUUAAUGAAGAAAUAAAUUAUUUACUUCUUACAGGAAGCAAUAUGGUAAAAGAUUCAGAUGUUAACAAUGAAAAUGUAUUUAAGAACAUUGCAUUAAAAAUUUACAAUUACCUAAAAAAUUGUAAUGUAAGAAAGAUUGAUGAAAUAAAACAAUCAAGUUUAAAUAAUACAGAACAAUGCAAUAUGCAUGAUUUUUCAAAAGAUAAUAACAUAGAAAAAAAUACAACCUUAUCAAAAGAAUUAAAAAUAUAUGUACCAUUGCUAUUGUUUUAUUUAGCAAAUUUUUAUUGCUCCAGUGAUAUAGGUUUUCUUCAUAAUAGUACAAUUUCUCACAAAAAAAAAUUAAGAAAAAAAGUCAUUAAUGAAAUAAUGUUUGGUGUUAUUAAUUCUGAUGCUAAUAAAUAUAUUGAUCAAUUAUUGUGUAGUGUCAAAAUAUGUUUUAUACAAAUACUUGAUUAUUUAAAAGAUUUUAAUUCAGAAUGGGUAAGACAUAAUAAUGGAGAAGAAUAUUUUUAUCAUUUUCGUAAAAUUAUUUCUAUUGAUAGUUCUAAUAUUGAUAUUAAUUCUGUUAUUACAUAUGUAAAACACAUUAAAAAAUUAAAAAAAAAAUAUUUGAAUGGAUUUCCUUCAUGUAAUAAUAGCUUAAAUAAAAAUAUCAAAAAAAAAGAUAAACAAAUUUUUGAAUUACCAAAGAACAUUUUAUAUGAGGAGAAUAAAGAAAAUAUAAAUAUAAUCAAUCAUGAAUCUUUACCAAAAAGCAUAUAUAAGGAAAAUGGAAAUUUGAAUAAUGAAUGUUUAGGUAGUAGAUCAUUAAAAAGAAAAUAUAAUAUAAAUGAAGAAAAAAAUUUAGAUAAUAAAUUACAUAAACAAAUUAAAAUAGAAUUAACUUCUAGUGAGAUGCAUGAUAAUGAAACUCAAAAUAUAAAAAGUGAUAAGGUUGAGGAUAAUAACAUUAACUUACCAAAAAAUCAAAACAUUAAUUCAAGUAAAGAAAAUGUAAUUGAUGAAGAAGAUAAAAUUUAUUAUGCACCAAGUGAUAUGAGAACAAGUAUUGAAACAAUUAAUGAAAACGUUAAAUUAGAUAAAUAUGAAGAUGAUUUUAAAAUGAAAUAUUAUAAUGAUGAAGAUAAAAAGGAUUCUUUAAAAAAAAUGGAAAAUAAUGAAGAAAAAUUGAAUGAAUAUUUUGAAGAGGAUAUGAAAGAAAAAAUGGAAGAAAAAAUGGAUGAAAAAAUGAAAGAAAAAAAAGAAGAAAAUAUAAAAUGGAAAGAGGAGAAAAUGGAAGACAACGAAAAUAAAAAUAACGAAGAUAAAAUAUUAAACAAACUUGAUGAUGAAAAGAUAGAGAUAAAAGAAAAAGAGGAUGUAAAGCAAAAUAUAAAUGAUGAAGAUAAAAAAAAUAUAUUUGUUGAUUGCAUCAAUUUUUCAAUUUCUGAUAAUACGAUUAACAAAGAAGAUGAUAAUAUUAAAAUUAAUAAUAAUGAAAUGGAGGAAAAUAAUUUAGAAGAAAAUAACUUAAAAAGAAAUGAAGUAAUUAAUUGCAACAAUAAAGACCAUCCAACUAUUGUAAAUAGUAAUAAUAAUGAAUCUAUUGAAAAUAAUGCAAAUGAAAAUAUUUCAACAAAUAUAGAACCUUUUAUAUCUAAAGAUAAUGUUUUAAAUGAUAAAUGCAAUAUUUCUAAUAAUAAUUCAACAUUAUUUGAAAAUAAAGCAAAUUCUUAUUCAAACGAAAAAUUGCUUGUUAAUUAUGAAGGUAAUUUUAAUUCAACUUAUAAAAGUAGUCCCUCUUCUAAUAAUAUAAUAUUAAAUCCUGAAAAUAAUAAUGAUUUUAAUUUAAUAAAUGAAAAGAAAAUUUACAAUGAUCAUGAAUGUACUCCUGAGAAUAAUGAUUCUAACCUAAAAAUAGAAACAAAAAUUGAUAGUAAUCCAUAUAAUAAUGUUUCUUAUUUAAACUUAAAUAAAAAAAAUAAAAAAACAAAAAAAAUGAAAACUCAUUAUUUAAAUAAAAUUAUUAGUUUCUUAUUUAAUCAAAAUAUAUUUAACUAUUCUUUAAUUUUUAUUCCUAUAUUAAAAAAUGGAGGUAACGUAAAUUCAUUACAUUCAAGUACAAUAAACAAUGUUAUUCUAAAAUUGAAUAAUCUUAGAUUAGUAGAGAUAGAAAAUCAAAAGAUAAAUAACAUAUCUUUAUAUAAAAAUAUUAACAAUAAAGAAGAUGAACAGAGUAUAAAAUAUAUCUUACCUGAGGGUUUUGAAAAUAGGUUGGCGGAUGAUAAAGAAAAGGAAUUAAAUCAAACAAAAAUAGGAGAUAAAGAGUCUUUUGAUAUUGAUUCAAUCACUAAAGAAAAACAUGCAUUAAAUGAACAUCAAGAAAAAAAAAAUAAUGUAGAAAAUAUGAAUGUGAAUGCAUGUUAUGGAUGCACGGAUAAUAUUGAAAGAAAAAAUUUAAAUAUGGAAACUUUAAAAAGUAAUACAAUUGAUAAGAUUAAUAAAUUAAAUAUGUCAAUCUCAGUUGAUAUGAAGGAUAAAAAUAUUUUAAAUUCUGGUAAAGAUGUAAAAAUGAGUUGUCAGAAGAAUGAUGAAGUUAAUAACAGUAUAAAUGCUAUUAUUAAUAGUUUUUUAAAAAAUAAUUUUAAUAAUUAUUCUAAUAAUAGUAAUAACAUUUUUAAUGCAAAUAAUAAUUUAAAUAAUAUAAAUAAUAAUUAUAACAAUAAUAAUAAUAAUAAUAAUAUUUAUGAUUAUAAUAAUCAUCUUAGUGAUUAUAUUAAAGAAGUUCUAUAUCAUUAUAGUAAUUACAACAAGUCUAUGAAUAACAAUAAUAUUAAUACUAAUACUAUUAUUAAUAAUAAUAAUAAUUCUGUAUGUAUUGAUGAAAAUAAUAAAAAUAACAAUAAUAAUAAAGGUAACCAAAAUAAUGAAAAUAAUAAUGAUAAUUAUAAUACUACAUUUAAUGAUAAUAAUGUAGAUUUUAGUGAAAAUAAAAAUACAAAUGAAGAUAAUACUUCACCUAACUUUGAUAAUAAUAAUAAUAAUAAUAAUAAUAGCAAUAAUGUAAAUGCAAACAUUAAUAUUAAUAAAAAAAAUGAACUAUUGCAUAAUAACAUAAAUGAUAAUUUUUUAAAUAAAGAAACCUUUUUAAAAUUAUUAAAAUGUUAUUUAAUAAAUAAAUCAAGUCAAUCAGAAAUAAAUAAAUUUAAUCAACACAUACAUCAUAAUUUAGAUAAUGAUAAUAAUAACUGUGACAAUAUAUUAAAUACUAAUGAAGAAGAUGCUUAUGAUAAAUUAUAUAUGAAUAAUAACACAUUAGAUUGUUUACUAAAUAAUUCAAAAAAUCAGAAUUGUUAUAAUAAUUGUUAUAAUAACAAAAAAUCAAAAAAUUUGGUAAAUAAUCAUUUAUUUAAAAAUAAUUCUACAGAUAUAAAUAAAUUGAAUACAUGCAACCUUAUGUGUAAGAAUAAUUAUAUAUUAAACGAAGAUAAUACAGAAAAUAACAUGUUAAAUGAUAAAAAUAAUAUUUGUUCAAUGAAAACUUUAAAUGAUUUAAAAUAUUUAUAUAAUUGUUAUAGUAAGAAUUUAAAUAUAUGUAACAAUAAGAAAAAUUCUUUUUGUGAUAUGAAUAUAAAUCAUUUAACUAAUUUCUUAUCGGAUGAAAAAAAAAUAGAUUAUACAAAAUUAAAAAAUUUGAAUUUUAAUAAUAAUAUGAGACAAAAAAAUAGUUUGCAUAAUGAUUGUAUUGAUAAUAAAUUAUACUCUUGUGAUUAUAAUUGUAAAUCAAAUAUUUUAAACUUAAUUAAAAACAAAAAUCUAAAUGUAUAUAAUUUAUCAUAUGAUAAGAUUUUCCUUGAUUCUAAAUAUCUAGAUGAUAAUAACAAUUCAGUUAAUUUGAAUAAUCUAAAUUAUAAUGGUAGUUUACUACAGAAUAGCACUUAUAAUAAUAGUAUGAAUAAUAAUAAUUAUAAUGGUAGUAAUGUAAAUAUUAAUAAUAACUGUGCUUGUUGCAAACAUAAAAGUUUACUAAAUAAUAAACUAGGUAAAAAUUUUUUGAAUAAUUUUUCAAAUAUGAAAAAUAUAAAUAAUAGUGUUGAAAAAAUAAAUAAAGAUAUUUUAGAAAAUUAUCCAUAUGACAAUAUGCUUAAUAAUGGAUGUACAGAUUUGAAAUCUUCAUAUAAUACUGUACUAGAAGAAGAUAUGAAAGGUUACGGAAGUUUACCACUUUCUUCAUCUUGUAUAAAUUUAUGCAACAAUAAUCUUUUAAAAUUAUCAUAUUUAUAUGAUCUAUUAGAAAAAAAUAAAAAUUUAUCUUUAAAUGAUAUAUCUAAUGAAAUGAAUCAAUAUUUAAGUAAAUAUUUUUCAAGAUAUGGUAAUUCUUUUGAUAGAAAAAAAAAUUGUAAAAAUAAUAAUAAUGAGGGAAAUUUACAAAAAAAGGAAAUGAAUAAUAACUGCAAAUUAUACGAACAAAAUUUUAAUUUUUUAAAUAAUGCAUUAAAUCAGAAGAAGGAUAAUAUAAAUUUUAUAUCUAAUACAGAGGAAGAAAGUCCACUAUCGUAUGAAAAAGAUAAUAAUGAAAUAGUAUAUAAAGAGCAUUUCAAAAAUGAUAAAAAUUAUUAUUUAUAUGAUGAGGAAAAUCAAAAAAAUGAAAAUAGUGUAUUGUUACAAUGUAAUAACGAAAAGAAAAAGCUGGAAGAAGAAAAAAUGAGAAAUUGCUUAUCAUCAUUAUAUAACUCAGUUGUAUAUAAAUCUGGUUUUUAUACGAAUGAUAAUUCAAAUAAUAAGAAUAUGAAAACUAAGAAAAGCAAUAACUUUUGUGAAUAUUUAUCUAAUUUUAGUUAUUCUAAUUUAAAUGAAAAUAGCAAUGAAAAUAUAAAUCAUAUUGAUGAACUUGGGAAAUUUUUGUUAGUUAGAAGUGAUAACAGUAAUGAAAAUACCUUGAAUUUAUAUAAUAAUAAUGUGGAACAAUUAGAAAAUAAAAAGAAUUUUUAUGAUAAUAAAUUAAAUAAUUAUUCUCUUUUUUCUAAUAAAGAUUUAAAUAAUUCAGUAGAUUUAUAUAAUGAUGGAAGUAGCAAUGAUGAUAUACAGGAACAUAUUAAGAGAAAAAAAGAUGUAAAAGGAGAUAGUAUAGAUAAAAAUGAUCAAGAUAAAGAUAAACUUUUAUUAAUAGAAAAAGGAAAAGGUACUGAAGAAAAUAAGGAUAAUGAAGGAAAUAUUAAUAUAAGUAAUAUAGAUGAAAAUGAAAAAGAGUUAGGUUUAGUAAAUAGUUUAUAUGGAGGUAAAAAUAAGAUAGAUAAUAAAAAUGUUUAUUUAAAUAAUGGAAAUAACAAUUCUAAUUAUAACAUUAUGAAAAUUAAUAAAAAUAAAGAUAUGAAAAAUAAUGAAGAACAUUUAAAUAAUAUAGAUUCAUCGAAGUUAGGAAUUAAAGAAGAUAGAAAUAAAAAUGUUGAUUUUUUUUUAAAUAAUUUCUCAUUAGAAUAUGGUAGAGGAAGAAGAACAAAAGUUAUUAACCAAAAUUAUUUGAAAAAUUAUGAAUUUGAAGCAAAUUUUUUCGGUAAAAGGGACAAUAAAUCAUCAGGCAUUUCUGAUGCUAAUAAUAAAAUGAAUGGUGUAUGUGUUAUUUCUAAUAGUAAUAAUGGCAAAGAUAAAUCCAAGUUAAAUAAUGAAUCCUCACCAACAGGUAAGGAAAAUAUAAAUAAUAAAGGAAUUAAUACAAGAAAAGUAAAUAAUAAAUUAAGAAAUAAUGUUAUUGAUGUGAAUGAUAAUUAUGAAUUUAAAUUAUCUGCAUCGGAAUUAAAACCACAAAGGGGGGUUUAUUUUGAUCGAUCACAAAAAGCAUGGAUUGGAAGUUGGUAUGAAGAGGGAAAACAAAUUAAAAAGCGAUUUAAAAUAAAAUAUUAUGGAUGGGAUGAAGCAAGGAAUUUGGCAACAAAAGCAAGGUUUGCAUUUGAAAAUAGAACAAAAAAUUUAAAAAAUAAAAAGAAUAAUAAUAAUAAUGGUAUUAUAAAUGAAAAUACUAAUAUUAAUACAACUAAUGAAAAUAUAAAUAACAUGGAUAAUAAUAAUAAUAAUAAUUUUUGUAAUAGUGAUAAUACUAAUACCAUUAACCAUAAUAUUAGUAGUACUAAUAAUAUUGAUAAUUUAAAUAACUGCAGUGUUAACCAUAUAAAUAAUACUCUUGAGGAAGAUAUGAAUAAAAAAAGCGUUUCAAAAAGAACCACAUUAAAAAAUAAUGACGAAAAUUUAGAUGAUUCUAAUAAUAUGAUUGUAAAUAAAAAAGAUUGUAAGAAAAAUAUGCUUAAUAGUAAUAAUAAUAAAACUUUAGAAGAAAAUAAUAAUUGUAAAAACAGUGAAAUUAAUGGAGAUAAGAAUAAAGAAAAUAAGUUAUUAUCUUCUGAUGAAAAAAAAAAUGAAAAUAAUGUAUAUAUAGAAAAUACAAAAUAUAAUAAUGUUGAUACAGCAACAUAUAAUAUAAAUAAUUAUGAUUCUCAUUUAAAAGAUGAAAGUAUGAAUGUUUUGAAUAAUAAGGAAUCUUUUAACUUUGAACAAAAUGCAUUUGAUAAAUUUGGUUAUGAAAAAGAUUGUAAUAAAUAUGAUACAAGAAAUAAUGAAAAAAAUGAUGAACUUUGUAAAAAUGAGUUAACUCAUGAAAGUUAUAAUUAUAAAAACGAAAAUAAAAAUAUAAAUGAAAAUUCAUUUAAUAAAUGGAAUAAUGAUAAUACAGGAAACAAUAUUUUGAAAGAUGACUAUAAUAAUAAUAAACCUAACUCAAAUGAGGAAAUAAUGAGAAACAAACAUGACAAUUGUAUGUUGAAAAAUAAUGAGAAUAAUACAAGAGAUAUUAACAGUAAUGAUGCAUCAGAAUCACAAUUUUGUGAUCAAACUUUUAUGAAAGGAACUCAAAAUAAUAUAAUUUAUAGUAAUUAUUAUGGUAAUAAUUAUAAUGAUAAGAAUACAGAACAAGGAUGUGAAGAUCAACAAAAUAAAAAGAAUGAUAACUGUAUAAACGAAAAUUGUAGGAACAAUUGUAAAAUAGAUUUUAAUAAUGGUAGUAGUGAUAAUGAUAAAAUAAAUAAUAAUACGAGAGAAGGAAAUGUAAGUUAUGAAUGUUGUAAUCAGUUAAAUAAUAACAGUAAUAAUAAUAAUAAUAAUAAUAAUAAUAAUAAUAAUAAUAAUAAUACUGGUAUUAUAAGAAAAGAAAAAAUGUUAGAUAAUAUGAAUAAUUUAGAUAACAAAAAUAGAAAUAUGUAUUUGAAAUAUUGUAAUUCCAAAUCAUUAGAAAAUGCAAUAAGUUAUGCUAAAUCUAAUAAUAAGAAAUUAUGUGAUAAUAAUUUAUUAGAUCAAUCUGUUAAAUUACCACAAGGUGUAUUUUAUCAAGAUUCAAAAAAAGCAUUUUGUGCUAAUUGGUAUUCAAAUGGAAAACAAGAAAAAAGAUAUUUUUCAAUUAAUAAAUUUGGUGAAGAAAGAGCUAGAAAUUUAGCUAUUGCUGCAAGAAAAAAAUUUGAACAUAUUUAUAAAAAAAAUAAUUCAAAUAGAAAAGAAUUAUCAAGUAAUAUUUUGAAAAAUGAUUCUAAUGAUAAUGCAGGAGGAGACAUGUACCAAUUAGAUGAAUAUAAUAUAAAUAAAAAUAAUAUUAUGCAUAAUAAUUUAAACAUUAUGACGAAAAAAGUAAAUCCAAAUAAUAAAGGAGCUUCAUCAUCAUCUCCAUUACCAAAUAAUGAAGAUUUACAUUUUGUAACUAAUAAUUAUAUAAAUAAAAAUUAUAUAAAUUAUAGAGAUAAUAUUUAUAAUACUUUACCUUUAAAUACAGACGAACGUAAUAAAAUUAAUACUGUUAAUAAUAACAAUUCUGUUGCUAAUAUUAGCAAUAACAAUGAUAAUAACAUUAUAAAUAAUACAGUUGAUAAUAAUAAUAAUAAUAAUAGUAGUGAUAUAAUUAAUAAUGAUACUGAUAGAAUAAUUAAUAAUGAUAAUGUAGAUAAUAAUAAUAAGGAAACUAAUAGCAGUGAAAAUAAGUCAUCACCAAACUUAUUAAACAGUAGAAAUAAUAUGUAUAUAAAUAAAAAUGAUGUAUCUUCUCCUAAUAUAUGUGAAAAUAGUUGUGAAGUUUAUAAUAAUACAUCUAACCAAACAAAUGACAAUAUUUUAUAUCUAUCACCUAGUGAAAAAAUAAGUAAAGAAAUAACAAACGAAGAAACAAGUGUCGCUACUCCAAACUAUGAUCAAUCAUCAAAGGAUUUAUCUUCUCCUGAUUAUUAUAACAAACAUUCACAAAAAAAUAUGUUUAACAAGAAUGUUAAAAAAGAAAUUGAUGAUAUAAAUGUGUAUAAUAAAGUAGAAAAACCAAGUUCUACUCCUGCUGGGGUUUAUAUGAUCAGAAUAAACGGCAUUGUUCAAGCUUGGAGAGCUGAAUGGAGAAGUCCUAGUGGAUGUAAGAGAACAAAAAAUUUUGGAAUUAAUACUUAUGGUAGUAGUUUAAGUAAAAAAUUAGCAAUAGAAAUGAGAGCUAGAAUGACUGGUGAAUGCUUAAUUUCAGAUGAUGGUACAGUUUUUGAUUACGCAAACAAAAAAGGAACAAAAAAUAAUUAA